AUGUCUUCGGCGUGGUGGUCCUCGCAGACAACAUUCGGCACUCCCAGGGGACUGGUACUUCUUUCCCUUUCUUUAUCCUUAACUCGUUCACUGCAAAACAUCCUCUCUGUGCACGCACGUCUCCCUCUUGACUUCCGCUUUGACUUCCUUCUCACCGCUCUCCCCCGCUAUCCUGUGCAGAGCACGGUGAUUCACAGAGGUCCCCUGGGCACGGCGCGCACAGGUCAGCAGAGCGCCCACGCGCUCUUCUCAGGGACGCCAGGGUCGUCCCUGCAGCCCUACUCCUUCUCGCACACUUCCUUCCGGCCUCUCUCCGACGGCCACAAGCAGCUCGUGCAGCAGCUGAGGCUCUGGGCGCAUGGCUUCCCCUUCCUCAUCCGUAAGCUGGGGGAGGGGGGGGUGGAGGGGGAGGAAGGUGGCCCACCCACAGCGCCAGAGCCGUUGCUGACCAUCAGCAGCAUCGAUGCCGACAUUGCGUUUGAUCUCUGCGUGCAGGUCAGUGUGGCACAUAGUAAAGAGGGAUCGCAUGGUGGUGCUCUUCGUCUGGGACGGCACCGACCUCCCUCUCCCCUCGCUUUCCGCGUGAGUCGUGCUACCUCCUCUCUGCCGUGCUUCCGCGCAUUCCUCUGGCCCCUUCGCUUUCGUCUCUCGUCACUGCCUUUCCAUUUUCAGGCACGUUCAUCACCCUUCUUUAGACCCAGCACCACUUGUCCUUCCAUCACUCACCCAUCCUCUCGCCCGUGCUCCACUCCAUUUCGUCCCUCUUCCACGCUCUACUGCACUCAACCACUCAAUCUCUCUUCUGCCGUCUCUUUUCUGUGCAGGCCGGCAGCACCAAUCCCCUCCAGUCAUUCCCCGCAUCACGGCCAGCCAUACAAUGCCCCCGAAUCCUCCUCUACACCAUCUGCGCCCUCCAGCUCAUCCCUACCCCAACCCCCACCCACUAGGCCACCCACGUCAACCCCUGCAUCAGCAUCGGCGCAUGCAGGGGUGCAUCCCGCCUCUCCUCCUCCCUGCACUCGCUCAGGGUACCCACUUUUUGCCGUUGGCGGUCGCCCUGCCCCUCCUCUCUGUGUGCUGCAGCGUGUCCCCCCUCUGGGUUCCCUGCUGCCUGUUAUGUGCCACGUGGACGACCUUCACUGGCUGCUGCACCGCCUGCACCCCUCUGUAGCAAAGGCGUUAGAGGGGGAGGGAGGAGGGGGGCCAGCCAGGGCGGGGCACGAGGGGGAAGGUGGGGGCAGAGGUGAUGGGGGAAACAGGGGUGGGGAGAAUGAGAGGGCAGAGCGGGACCAGAAUGGGGGGCAGGGAGCGGGAGGAGUGGCAGCAGAGGGGAGUGAGAGACGACAAGAUGGGGAGGGCCGGGAGGAGGGGGAGGAGGAGAGGGUGGCGGGAGAGUGGCAGCAGGAGGGGGUGGUGCCGUGCUGGGUGCGGCUGAGGAACAUCAGAGCCACGUGCCACGGCGCCAGAGGGGACUGGCUGGGCAUCUUCAACAACUCCAGCCGCCUGAGCCUCGUCAGGGAAUGCUACUCGGACGUAGCAGAGCUGAAAAGCUUUCAACGUCCAUCUCUGUCCUCUGCUGUGCCCUCCUCUGUGCCCUCAUCUGUGCCCUCCUCUAUGCAUUCCUCUUUGCUCUCCUCUGCGCCCUCCUCUGUGCCCUCCUCUGUGCCCUCCUCUGUGCUCUCCUCUGUGCUCUCCUCUGAUUCCUCUCCUGCGCCCCACUGUUUGGCACCAGGCAUCGCCCGUUCCCUGCAGCCGUACUCCACCCUUCGCCAGAUCUACACCCAUCCUGUGGUGCCGUACCGCUUCCGCUGUGCAGCGAGAGUGAUCUUCGCCUCUGCUAUCCACCCCGCCCGCUUCACUGCCUUCGUUCCAGACAAGCCCCGCUCCAUCUCCUCCUCUCCUGCACCCCCGUGCUCCUCCACUCCUCUACCUGCCGCUGCCACAUCUGCUGGUGCCGCUGCUGGUACUGAUGCAACCGAGGGGACGGGGGAGGAAGGGACGGGAAAGCGGUCAGGAGAGGAAGGCGUGGAAAGGGCGCGAGCGAAGCUGCAAAAAGGGGAGGGUCAUGCUGACGUGGCAAGGCAGGAUGUUGCUGACGUGGCGAGGCAGGAGGGGGCUGAUGUGGCGCCACAGGAAGAUGCUGAGGCUAAUGUGGCGAGGGAAGCAGUAGGGAAGGGGGUGGAAGAGGGAGAAGGAGGUGGUUCGGGGAAAGCAGCAGAGACAGCAGGCACAUCAGAGGGCGUGGGCGGAGUGGCUUCAGCAAAGGGAGAGUCCACAGGAAAAGCAGGUUCUGGGGUGAAGAGGAAGUGGGCGGCAGGGCUUGUCUUGGUGCUCGAGGAUGCUACGGGGCGGUUGCUCGUCCGCCUCGCCUCACCUAAUGCCGAGGUGUUCUUUUCAGCAACAGCGGAGGAGUUGCGCAAGGAUGCAGGGGUGUCUGCGAGAGCAGCUGCAAGCAUGGCUAUGCUGUUGGGUGUGCCCAGAGACCACGGGCAGGAUACAGAAUUUGACUUUGGACAGCAAGCGCAUGCAGGGAUUGAACGGGAUGCGGUGCAUGAGAAUGAAGAUGCACGGGUGGAAAGGGAAGCACGUAAUCCGCCGUCGAUUGACUGCUCCGUCGCCUCUCCCUCUCACCCCGCCGUUGCCCCUCUCUUUUACCCCGCCGUCGCCUCUCACUCCCACCCCCCUGUCGCCUCGCCCUCCCACGCCGCCGUCGCCACUCCCUCCCACGCCGCCGCCGCCGCCUCUCCCUACCAUCCCGCCGCCGGCUCUCCCUCCUAUCCCGCCGCCGCCACUCCCCUCCCAUCCCGCCACCGCCACUCCCCUCCCAUCCCGCCACCGCUUCUCCCUCUUAUCCCGCCGAAUUCUCCCCCUCCCGUCCCGUUUCGCCACUCUCUCUCAUCCCGCCGUCGCCACUCUGUCCCAUUCCGCCGCCGCCUCUCCCUUCCAUUCCGCCGCCGCCUCUCCCUUCCAUUCCGCCGCCGCCUCUCCCUUCCAUUCCGCCGCCGCAUCUCCCUCAUCCCCGCCGCGCCACUCCCUCCCGUCCCGCCGUGGGGAGACUUGCCUCGUCUUGCGUUGCACUACCGAUUGAAGAAGGGGAGAGAGGGAGCGCGAGGGGAAGCGAGCACGCAGGAGAGUGCGCGUGAGAGAGCGUAUGUGAGAGAGAAGGAAGAUCUGGAGGGAGCACGAAGCGCGUGUGGGAGAGAGAGGCGGGAUGAAGAGUGUGUGCGCGCUUGCGCCGUUUGUGUGGGUGCCUUGGGCGCUUGCGCCUAA